AUGGGCGCCUGGGGCCUUGGACUCUUUGAGUCUGACCAUGACUACGACAUCAUCUCUGACCUCGACGCCGAGGCUGGAUUGCACAAGCUCGCGGAGGAUGCUCAAGCCAAGCUGAAGGCCGAAGAGGAGGCAAAGGGCAUCAAGCAUGGCGAAGACGAUGAUGAGAACAGCGUGGAGGCGCGCAUCAGCUACUCCAUCUACGCUGAUCAUUGCUCUGACUUCGACUUGGUUCGUACCUACCUCCAAUCGAGCGGUGAGCUGGAGAAGAUGAUCGAGAAGUGGACUGCCAAAGCUCAGGGAUGGCGCAACCCUCUGGAGUGGCACAACCCAGGCUACAAGCUUGUUCUCAUCGGUGCUUGCGCUAUGAUGUAUGGCUGCACGCUGAAGGACGAGUUCAUCCAGUACCUCAGGGACACCUUCACCGAGGUGGGACUGAUGAGGGAUGCCCUCAAGCAAGUCGACACCACGCUCAACGGUCCGCAUGGUUUCAAGAACGGUGUGCCGUACAAGUGGGGCUCUUUCGGUGUUCACGAGAAGGCGAAGAAUCCAGAUGACGACCUGCUCUAUCCUCCAAGACCAGGCACUGCGUUCACCCUGAUCAAUGUGCCAUCACCAGGACCAAGCCUCUUCCGCGCCCCGGACAACAGUGCGUUCAUUAAGAAGAUCAAGGCGAGGAUGGAGCUCAUCAAGCAAGAGAAGUCGAACAACGUUUGUGGUGGAUGUGGCGCUGCUGAUGGCAAGGACGGGAAGGCCCUUCUGAGCUGCGCGAAGUGCAAAGUCCGCCAGUACUGCAGCCGCGAGUGUCAAAAAGAUCACUGGGAGACGCACAAGCAGCUGUGCGCGAAGCCUCCCGGCGACCCGUCCAACAACGAGCGCGUCAAGAGCGUCACUAUGAGCGCUAAUUCGCUGUCUCCAUGA